GUAAGCUUAAGCAGUGACGCCGGCGAGCCAUGGACGAGCUGCUCUCGCCGUGCUCGUCGUUCUCGCCGCCCUCGCCGUCGUCCAUGUUCUCCACCGGCGCGGCGGCGGCGGCGGCGCACGCGGUGCUCGAGUUCACGUCCUGCGAGGUCCCGGACGAAUGGCUGAUGGGCGACGUGGUGAUGGCCAAGAACGAGGAGGAUGUGGGCGGCGGCGAGCUGUGGCCCGUGUUCGCCGGGGGCUCGCUGUCGCCGGACUCGGAGCUGUCCGAGCUGCCGAGGAGCUUCGAGGCGGCGGCGGCGCAGCGGCCGGCGAAGCGGCGGGGGAGGAAGCCCGGGCCGCGGCCGGACGGGCCGACGGUGAGCCACGUGGAGGCCGAGCGGCAGCGCCGGGAGAAGCUGAACCGCCGGUUCUGCGACCUCCGCGCCGCGGUGCCUACCGUGUCCCGCAUGGACAAGGCCUCCCUCCUCGCCGACGCCGCCGCCUACAUCGCCGAGCUCCGCGCCCGCGUCGCCCGCCUCGAGUCCGACGCGAGGCAGGCCGCCGCUGCGAGGUUUGAGCCGAGCUCCUGCGGCGGCGGCGGCAACGCCUCGUACCACGGCGGCGGCGGCGGCGGCGGCGCCGCCCCCGGGCUCGACGAGGCCGUGGAGGUGCGCAAGAUGGGGCGCGACGCCGCCGCCGUGCGCGUCACCACGACGGGCGCCCGCCACGCGCCGGCGAGGCUGAUGGGCGCGCUCCGCUCCCUCGAGCUGCCGGUGCAGCACGCGUGCGUCAUGCGCGUCCACGGCGCCACCACCGUCCAGGAGGUCCUCGUCGACGUCCCCGCCGCGCUCCAGGACGGCGACGCCCUCCGCGCCGCGCUGCUCCAGCGGCUGCAGGACAGCUAGCUCCGAUCCGCCGCCGAUCGACGACGACGACCUCCAUGCCCGACAUCAAGAACACGAUCGAUCGAGCGUGACACAUGUCGGACACAGAGGUAGGCAGGCAGGCAUGCAUCAUCAUCACCAUGCUAAUGGCGAAACUAAUCAAUGGCCAUAUCAUGGUUAAUCCAUACACGUACGCAUGCUAAAUUGCUAAUGUAAUAUAUAUGUAGUGUGCAUCUCAACACAUGUAUAAUAAGUGUCCAAUGUCCAUGGAAUAAUUAAGGGCAAGUUAAUUAAUUAGGUUUGUCUAGCAGAUAAGCUAGUACUCCUAGAUAGUGUCAAUGCAAAAGUUGUUGCAAACAGAUCAUGACUAGAGAGGAGCAGUGUUAUUAUUCCCUUGGAUCAUCCAAACAAUUACAAUACGCCCAAUUAAUGAUGGGGUCAUUGUGUUGUGUGUAACUGUUGUCACUGUGCUUGUUUAAAUUAUUGCAGAUGAUUGUGAGGCUCGUGUUGGCCCCCUUGUCCCAA